AUGGCCACUCGGUUCGAACGGAAUCCGACCACCUCAUCACACGGUCGCCGGCCUUCAACUGAAAGCAGAAUGUAUCUGCUUCAUGUUCAAAGAACUGCUACUGAAUAUAUCGCUGCUCACCUUCGGGGGAAAAAAUUUCCCGUUACCGUGUCAGCUUGGAUACCAGGACAACUUUACGUGGUGUCGGACAGCCCAAAAACCAUCGCACAUUCACUACCUUCCUCCCUUUAUCUCGCCGUAAAAGAGUACAUUCGCAUCACGGACGAAGAACGCAAAGCUGUCGGACUUUCACAAUCCAAGCUUCCCGCCCCUUCGUGGGUGAGGAUCACGAAGGGAAAGUACAAGGGCGACAUAGGCAGAGUCUCUAACUCCAAAGAAGAUUUUGUCAAAGUCUUUGUUGCCACACGCGACUUUCCCUAUCAAAUGCCUCGGGGAUCUCGAGCGCUGCUCGAGCGAUCACGCCUUCCGAAUACCAAGGCGGUGUCCGACAUUAUCCAGGAUGGCGAAGUAGUAGGAUUGACGUACAAAGGCGAGAAACUUCUCGCUUCCCCUCAUGUCGAUGACAUUCAGCUCCAUCUGGAAUCCGGAUGGGACAUGCCCUUCCUGAAGAACACAGUGGUGGCGUUCUCGUUGCAAUUUUUGCGCGUGGGCGAUUAUGCCAGGGUCGUCAGGGGCUCUCUUCAUGGAGACCUUGGUAAGGUCGUCUCGACCAACCAUGCCCACGGUUCCGUGGGCUUGGAACUCACGUUCAAUGGAUGUCUCGAAGAAAUAGAAGUUCUACUCCAGGACAUAGAGCGCAUGUUCUGA